AUGUCAAGUAAUGAAAGGCAACCAAGUCCUUCUUCAAAUAUAUUUUUAAAAAAACGUGGCUCUAAUGUCGAGAAGAAACGCCUUAAAACACCUUCUGAACGUAAAAACGCUAAAAAGCAAAAACUUGAGAGUCCACAACAUUCGAUAAUUAAUGAUAAAGAGACCAUUGGAGAGUUUAAAAAGAGGCCUAAAAAGGAAAUUCAGCAAGUGGCUUCUAAUGAUGCUAUCGAAGAAAUGAAAAUUAAUAAAAAUUCUUAUGAUUCUAAUACUGAGGUUAUUGCACCCGAAACCGUCGGAAACUCUAUUCAAGAAGAGGAGGAAGAAAUCACCGAAGAUGUCUUUUUACAAGAUUUUGUAGCUGAUUCGCAAUAUGAUGAAAUAAUUCAACCUUCUCUAACUCCGGACAUAAAACAAAUACAUAUCCCAAAAGUCAUUCCUCAUGAUUCCAUACAUCCCGUUGUAGCCGACACUUUUGAACAACAGGCUAUUAUCGAAUCAUCAGUUACCUAUUUAUCAAACAAUAAUACAACAGGAGAAAAGGUCAUUCUCAGUCACCAGGUUCGUCAUCAAGUAGCCCUGCCACCCAAUUAUCCCUAUAUACCUAUUUCUCAACAUGUCCCACUGGCUGAACCUGCUCGUAAGUAUCCCUUUGAAUUGGAUCCAUUUCAAAGGGUCGCAGUCUCUUGCGUUGAAAGGAACGAAUCCAUCUUAGUUAGUGCACAUACAUCAGCUGGUAAAACUGUUAUAGCAGAAUAUGCUAUAGCACAAGCACUAAGGGAGAAACAAAGGGUUAUAUAUACAAGUCCAAUAAAAGCAUUAAGUAACCAAAAGUUUAGAGAAUUAGAAUCUAAAUUUCAUGAUGUAGGAUUGAUGACUGGUGAUGUGACUAUCAGACCUGAUGCAAGUUGUUUAGUGAUGACUACAGAGAUUUUACUUCUUAUGCUUUAUCGAGGGAAUGACCUUAUUAUGCGCGAAGUAUCAUGGGUUGUUUUUGAUGAGAUUCAUUAUAUGCGAGAUAAAGUACGAGGUGUUGUCUGGGAAGAAACAAUUAUUUUGUUACCCCAUCAGGUCCAUUUUGUAUUUUUAUCUGCGACUAUUCCAAAUGCAAUGGAAUUUGCAGAAUGGAUCUGUAAAACACAUGCUCAACCAUGUCAUGUUGUAUAUACCGAUUUUCGACCUACUCCAUUACAACAUUAUAUUCAUCCUAGCGGAAGCAAUGGAAUAUUUAUUAUUCUCGAUGAAAAAGGGAAUUUCAAUGAAGAUAAUUUCAGAAAAGCGACCGAACCUUCUGAUAUUCGAAAAAUUGUUAGGAUGAUCAUGCAAAAUGACUUUUAUCCAGCCAUUAUUUUCAGUUUUGGAAAGCGUGAGUGUGAGAACAACGCACUUCAAAUGGGAAAAGUAACUUUAAAUAAUGAGGAAGAACAAUCAUUAGUUCAACAAGUUUUUGAUAAUGCACUCGAGACACUUUCUGAAGAAGACCGUAAUUUGCCACAGAUUGAACAUUUGUUACCAUUCCUAAAACGAGGGAUUGCAUUUCAUCAUUCAGGCUUAUUACCUGUAUUAAAAGAGAUUGUUGAACUACUUUUUCAAGAAGGUCUUAUAAAAAUAUUGUUUGCGACUGAGACCUUUGCGAUGGGAUUGAACAUGCCGGCUAAGACGGUUGUCUUUACCGAUGUAAAAAAGUUCGAUGGGCAAGUCAACAGAUAUAUCACAUCGGGAGAAUAUAUUCAAAUGUCCGGUCGCGCUGGUAGAAGAGGUAUUGAUGUAAAAGGGAUUGUUAUAAUAAUGGCUAGGGAAAAAAUGGAUCCUACGAUUGGUGAAUCAGAUAAUCUUUAUUCCGCGUUUCAUUUGAAGUAUAAUAUGAUUCUAAACAUGACCCGUGUUGAAGGAAUUAGUCCCGAAUAUAUCCUUCAGCGAAGUUUUUACCAGUUCCAAAAUACUGCUUGCUUACCUGCACUUGAAGAAGAGUUAUUACGAUUAGAAACAGCUUAUGCGUCUUUUGAGAUAUCUGAUGAAGCUACUAUCGAAGAAUAUUAUAAUAUUCGAAAACUUUUAGACACUUAUGCUCAUGACAUGCGUCGGGUUAUUAGUCAUCCGAUCCACAGUUUGCAAUGGUUGAAACCAGGCCGAUUGGUAUCGAUAAAACAUGCAGAUAUGGACUUCGGAUGGGGUAUGGUCGUUGCUUACGGUAAAAGAAAGGAUACAAGGAAUCUAAAUGUUCUAAAUAAAGUGACGUCUGCGUCUUUAACAGCCGAAAUAAAGGAUAAUACAGAUAAAGAAAUUCAAGAACCUCAAAUCCUAUCACCAGAACAAUAUUUCGUUGAUGUGUUGCUCAAUUGUGAACCAAAUUCUAUUGUUGCAAAAUCCGCUGAAGGAAAGACCACCGGUGUUAGACCUUGUAAAGAAAAUGUAAUGGGCGAAGUUAUGGUUGUUCCUGUUGAAUUAUCUACAAUACAUUGUAUCAGCUCCAUUCGUAUAUUUCCGCCUAAAAUUCUUACCCAUAAGAAGAUUAGAAAUAAUCUAUAUGAACAAAUUCAAAAAAUAAAGAAUUAUUUUCCGGAUGGUAUACCAAUUCUGGAUCCUAUAGAAGACAUGCACAUUCGAGAUGAAGAUUUCCGAAAGUUGAUUCGGAAAAUUGAAAUUCUUGAAGCCAAGCUUUUUGCCAACAAACUUCAUAAAACACCGGAGCUUCCAUUAUUAUAUGACCGAUAUGCUCAGAAAUUUGCACUAUCUAAUAGUAUCAAAAGUUCAAGGAAAAAGAUAAAUGUAGCUAAAUCUAUAUUACAUCUCGAUGAUCUGAAAUAUCGAAAACGAUUAUUAAAGCGGCUUAAGUAUUUGACAGGUGAAGAUGUCGUAUCGUUAAAAGGGCGUGUAGCUUGUCAUAUCAACGCUGGAGAUGAAUUAGUCAUUACUGAAAUGUUGAUGAAUGGCGUCUUUAAUGAUUUGACUGCAGAACAAAUAGUUACUUUAUUAAGCUGUUUUGUAUAUGACAAUGGUGAUAAAAAACAACAUACACUCAAAGAAGAGUUAUACGUGCUUUAUUGUAAAAUACGGGAAGAGGCACGUAAUAUAGUUGCAGUCUCUAGUGAGUGUAAGAUAAAUAUUAUUGAAGAAGAAUACCUCGCGACUUUUUGUCCCGACAUGAUGGAGCCCGUAUAUUCAUGGUGUCAAGGAAAAUCAUUCGCGGAGGUCAUGAAAAUUUCUGAUUCCAUGUUCGAAGGUCAUGUUAUUCGAACCUUUCGUAUGUUGGAUGAAUUGUUGCGAGGAAUGGUUAACGCGGCGAAGGAGAUAGGCGAUUUAGGGUUGGAAGAAAAGUUCAAAUUGGCCAUUGAAAAGACCAGGCGUGCGUGA